UUCAAGAUGAUAUUCACAUGGAUGGUCAUGAUUGCUGUGGCGGUAGACUCUGCAAGCGGAGCAAUGAAUGGGGAUGUCCAGCAGCCAUGUGCUAAGAUCCACACAUCCAGUUUGGUGGUACCUCUGGGAUCACCUAUCACAGCCACCUGUGUUAUUAGACAAGACUGCUAUGAGUUGAAUGGAGAAGAUGUUCAUAUUGCGUGGUAUCUUGGCACAGAGCUUAUUCCCAGCAGCCUUGCAGUCAAUGAGAGCAACAUGGUUUCAAGGAUUGUUGUACCAAGCUUCAAUCACAGCAGGGAGGAGCUCAUCUGUGGCUUUCAGGAUCCUCGUCAAGAUCUUGCAGGGGUGGUGAUCAAAGCUGGAUGUGAGAAAAAUUAA